GAAAAGCUUCUCAAACCAGAAAGACACCUCAGUCCCUUCAAUGGAGAUGAGACUCAUUCUCCCACAAGCUGCUGCGAAAUAUGCUCCUCACACACUACCGAUUCCCACUCUCUCUCCACCACCACCUCUCUCAACCGCUACCUCCCACCGCCUCCGCCAGAAAGCUGGUCCCAUUCAUCAGCAUGUCCACGUCAUCGCGGCCGGCGGCCACCGACGACCAACAGGAGCUCCUAACCCAGGUGCUGAGGUACCACGACCAGACCAAGCACGGGUUCGCCAGCUACGCGCGUGGCCCCCACGGCCUCGAUUGGGCCAACCAGCCCAACCCCUUCCGCCGCUACCUCGCCGCCCCACUCAUCCCCCUCCUCCACACCUCCUCCGGCGAAGGAUUGAAUAAUCCGCCGCCUCUCUACACCUCCCUGUACACUGCCCUCCCUCCGCCUGAGCCGAUCUCGAGAACCACAAUCUCCCAGCUCUUCUACAACUCCCUCGCCCUGUCCGCGUGGAAGACCACCGGAUUCUCGACGUGGUCGCUGCGCGUGAAUCCCAGCAGCGGCAACCUGCACCCGACAGAGGUUUACAUCAUCUCGCCGGCCGUUGAUUCACUCUCCGACCACGCAUUCGUUGCCCACUACGCCCCAAAGGAGCACGCGCUCGAGCUCAGGGCUCGGAUCCCAUAUGGGUUCUUCCAUGGCUGCUUCCCGGAGAACUCCUUCUUGAUCGGACUCUCGUCUAUUUUCUGGCGGGAAGCGUGGAAGUACGGCGAGAGGGCGUUUAGGUACUGUAAUCACGACGUGGGGCACGCUAUAGCGGCAGUCACCUUGGCUGCUGCUGGGCUUGGAUGGGAUGUUAGGGUUUUAGACGGGUUUGGGUAUAAAGAGCUGGAAAAAUUAAUGGGUUUGGAAAAAUCUCCAGAAUUUACUAUUCCAAGCAGGCCUGUGAGAGGUAAAAUGCCCGAGAUUGAAUUCGAGCAUCCCGAUUGCGUGCUGUUGGUUUUUCCGAAAGGUUCAAAUGAAUUCGAGGUGGAUUAUGAGAAAGUGAAGGUGGCUAUGUUUGAAUUUUUGAAUCUUGAUUGGGAAGGAAAACCAAAUAUGCUUAGCAAAGAGCACGUGUGUUGGGAUAUUAUCUAUAGAACAGCUGAGGCUGUAAAGAAGCCACUAAAUGCAACUAAAGGAGUGAUUUCAAAGCCUUUUAAAAGUAGCCGGAUGAUUAGCGAGAGUUCUUACAAAGGUUUGAAUCUGAACGAAUUGGUGAGAAAACGAAGGAGUGCAGUAGCUAUGGAUGGUGUUACAAAAAUGCGAAAAGAAACGUUCUUUCAGAUUAUGUUACAUUGUAUGCCUACGGGUUAUGAAGAAAGUGGAGAGAAGCAGGGGAAGCAAUUGGCUUUACCUUUUCGAGCUUUGCCUUGGGAUUCUGAAGUGCAUUGUGCUAUCUUUGUACAUAGGAUUAUUGGUUUGCCUAGUGGAUUGUACUUUCUGGUAAGGAACGAGAACCAAUUUAAUGAGCUUAAGACAGCUACUAGACAAGAAUUUGAGUGGGUGAAGCCUGAAGGCUGCCUGGAGGAUCUUCCUCUGUACGAACUCGCACGAGGUGCUUUUGGCGAGCUUUCAGAACGGCUUUCGUGCCACCAGGACAUUGCUUCUGAUGGGUGUUUCAGCCUUGGUAUGGUGGCACGUCUCGAGCUCCCUCUACGUGAAAAGGGAGCUUGGAUGUACCCAAGGCUAUUUUGGGAAACUGGGGUGCUCGGGCAAGUUCUGUAUCUCGAAGCACAUGCUGUUGGAAUUUCUGCUACUGGAAUCGGGUGCUUUUUUGAUGAUCCAGUGCACGAGGUUCUUGGGUUUAAAGGGUCGAAAUUUCAGAGCCUUUAUCAUUUUACGGUUGGUGGCCCGGUGGUUGAUAAACGGAUCAUGAGCUUGCCAGCUUAUCCGGGUCCGGAAGAAAAUGCUUGAUCCGAAUACCAAAUGUGAUUUUAAAGUGAGAAAUUCUUUUUCUUGGAUCACAAGGCAUCACACAGAUCAAAAUCGAGCCGUUUACUCUGAUUAUACCGAGUUAAGUUCAGACCACAUAAUUUUUUGGUUGAUCUCUUUAUUAUCGGUCAGUUUUAACUAUAAGUGAACCUACCUGGAGAUAAUUGUCAUUACAAACUUGUCACUAUUAUUAUUAUUAGAUAUUAGAUGCAAAAUCUGUAACUAUGGAUUAUUGUGCUUUGGAUUUUAGCUGGAGGUGAUCGUAGUAAAUGGUUUAUAUGAGAGUUUUGCCAUCUAAUUGUUUAUAUGGGUUGUAUAGCUGUUAAACGAUACGAGUUGCUCGUGAGCUCAGUUCGGCUUGCUUGAUAAACGAGUUGGGCAAAAAGUUUGUUUAAAACUUGUUUAGUUAAGGGAACCCUAGCCCAAGCCGAGUCAACACGGCUUAUGUGACUCGGGCAGCCCAAUGGCUAAACCGCGGCAAGGCCCAAUAAGGGUUAAUUUGGCUAAUGUUAAGGAGGUUCACUGAAUUGGUUGGUUUGAUUUAUUUUUGUUGGCUUGUGGAGAAAAUGUUUGAGAUGAAGAAAACUUGUUUUGCAUUUCUUAUCGGGCUUGCUUGUUU